AUGAGAGUCACAAAUUAUACCAAUUUCACCUUAAUGGUGCUAACAUUGCUUGCUACAUGUAAUGCUUUCCAACAAUAUUGUCGUUGCAGCUGCAAUGACAAGUCAAUAGUGACCAAAGUCGAUCGAUGUGGACUUUGCACGAAAGAUUUCUGUCUUGGUUUGGAUAAAGCACUUUGUGAGAAGAAAGAGGAUGAGAAGGGCAUUCCUGACCCAACUGAGGGCCAGGUGAUAAUGUAUUGUUUCCAGAUUGAAUCGUACAAGGACUCGUUGGUUAUAUAUCUGUUUACAACACUAGUUCUUGGUUUGCUUGGCUAUGCUUUAUUCAGGAUGUAUAGUCAAUGA